ACGCAUUCUGCUGUCACGUCGGGGAACUGGCACGUGUGCAUGGAGGCGGCAGUGACGUUGGAGGACGUCGCCAUUGUCGAGUCAUCGACUUCUUCCAUCCCGACCGUCAUCCGAUCUGCGCGUCGGAGAGAUGCUAUCGUCAACCGAGCCGACAUCUACCGCGCUCAAAUGGCUGAACGCGCGUCCAAGAACGACGUGAUGUGGUCCAGCACCGUUCGCGACCUAGGUGGACUGUAUGCCCUCAAGCUCCUCUAUGAAAAGCAGCGCACGCUCGAGAAUGCCAUGUUUUACCUCGCCAUCGUCAGCAUCGUUGCCGAAGCUGCUUCGUCUUACCUGCACGGACGUCUCCCCUGGACCACGAUCGCCGUGGAAACGACCAAGGGCAUCGUCACGGUGGCCACCGCUGCCCUGCUUGUCCUGCUUUUCCGCCGCUACAGUACACUCCCUUCUUUCUCUGCCUCUCGUCACUUCUCCCUCGAUUUAGCCUUGGCAGCUCGCAUCAAAGUCGCUUCGUCCAGCCUCCCAUCCGCGUCCAAGUUUUACCACACGCCGUUGGUCUGGGACUUUUGCAUCGAGUUGUCGCUCCUGCUCGUGCACAUUCCACCGGGACUUGGCCAGUACACGCUCCAGACGCUCGUCUACAUUUACGCCAAUUCUUUCUCGGUGACUCGCGAAGCUGCCGCCCCGCUGUGCCCCAAGUACCCCAUGUACGUCGCGUACAAUUGCUACGCCCCCACGACGAUCAGCAUCUCGCAAUUCGGCAUCGUUCUCGUGCCUCGCAUCUACCUCGUCGGGCGGUACAUUCGCAACGUGUUUGGGUUCAACACGAACGAAGUGAAACUCAUCGGUUCGCUUCAAAACGUCGACGCGGCGUCGGCUUGGUUUGUUCGCAAAUUUCUCUUUCGGUUUUACCCGGCCGCGUUUUCCGCGUUCAUUUUGAUCGCGCUUUGGACGCUCACGGCAUGGGCCGUCGAUCAAGCCGAACGCUCGAUUGCCAACGGGGACCUCGCCGAGUAUGUUGACGUCCUGUGGCUCGUCGUCGUUACGAUCAGCACGGUUGGGUACGGCGACUGCGCCGUCGUGGGGUUCCCGGGCCGCGUCUUCAUCGUGGUUGGCGGCGUCGUUGGCGGCGCGGCGAUUUGCUCCAUGUGCCGCGUGGUGGUGGUCGGAGCGCUGGCCAUCAGCCCCAACGAGCAAUGCGUGAUCGAUACCAUCAAGGAGCGUGAGGAAGUCCAACAAAUGCGAUCGCUUGCAGUCCACCUUAUCCAGGUACUCGACAACACAUGCAGCAUCGUGAGGGUGGUUUGUUAGGCCGAGUGGCGUCGCUACAAGCUCAUGUCAUGCAGUCCUGCGGGGCAGCUCCGCCAUGACGUCACCAAGGCGCUUCACACCGCCAGAGUGCUCAAAUAUAGAGUCAUGGCCCUCGCGAGAUCCAUGAGGCGCACGCACCAACGGCGCCAUCAAGGGCUGGAUGCGAUCUUGACCAAGUGGAAAGGCAAGGUCGAGCAAGAAAACGACAUGGACACCACUAGAUCGUCCUUUGGAACUUUAGACCGCACGGUUCGGCGGCACGACUUGGUCGUGAUAGCCACGUGCGACAAGGCCGUCGACAAACUGACUGCUGUGCUUGCAAAGCUAAGACAGCCACACGUUCAGUAACUCAGGUGG